AUGACUGACGCCGAGAAACUUGCUGAGAUUCGUGAAAAGAAGGCUAAAAAUGUGAUGAGGGAAACUAGAAUCCAGAAACUCUGCCUUAACAUUUGUGUGGGGGAAUCUGGUGAUCGGCUUACUCGUGCUGCCAAGGUGUUGGAGCAGCUGACUGGACAGACUCCUGUGUUUUCAAAGGCUCGGUACACUGUUCGUUCUUUUGGUAUCAGAAGAAACGAAAAGAUUGCCGUGCACUGCACCGUUCGUGGGCCGAAAGCCGAAGAAAUACUAGAAAAAGGGUUGAAAGUCAAGGAAUUCGAGCUCUACAGAGAGAAUUUCUCCGAUUCGGGAAAUUUCGGAUUUGGCAUCCAGGAGCACAUCGACCUUGGCAUCAAGUAUGAUCCAGCCAUUGGAAUUUAUGGCAUGGAUUUCUACGUAGUGCUCGAUCGUGCUGGGCGUCGUGUGGCCAAGAGAAGACGUGCUCCCGGCCGUGUUGGACCUUCUCAUCGUGUAAGUCGCGAGGAAGCCGUCAAGUGGUUCCAGCAGAAGUACGACGGCAUCAUCCUCCCACCUCGGCCUAGGGUCAAGCGUACUGUCCACCAACGUAGCAAUGCAUGGCGUGCCUGCCUUGGGAAAAUAUCUCGCUCUCAACACUUGCGACACUACCCGGUGACACUCAUCAGACCGGACGGGUCAACUAUAGAAAUUCGCUACCUGGAACCACGUGGAGUGGUGCAACUUCCAGUAGAUUUGAAUGCGUUGACUGAAGAAGAAAAACGGCACAGACUAGCUGCAAGGAAGCCUAAAACCAAAAAGAUUGUUCAGUUGUCGUUCCAUAUUGAAGAGGAGAACUUGGAGUCGAUAGAUGACAAUUUCGAUCCAAAUGAGUACAUGAGAUUUUGGAAUCCUCCUUCCGAAUCAAAAAGCACGUCGAAGAGCAAGGAUAAGAAAACAUACUAUAUGGCUCCUGAGUAUACAGUUUUAUUGCCAACGUAUAAUGAGAGGGAGAAUCUCCCAAUUUGUGUGUGGCUGCUAGAGAAAUAUUUAAGGGAUGUGAAUUAUGAGGUUAUCAUCAUUGACGACGCAAGUCCUGAUGGCACCCAAGAGGUGGCAGAACGACUUCGCUCCGAGUAUGGCAGUGAAAAGAUCGUGCUCAAGCCCAGGGAAGGCAAACUUGGUCUAGGCACAGCCUAUAUUCAUGGUCUCAAAUACGCGAGAGGAAACUUCAUUGUUCUCAUGGAUGCUGAUUUAUCUCAUCACCCUAAAUUUAUACCUGAGAUGAUUGAACUUCAAAAAAGGGAGAAUCUUGAUAUUGUAACAGGGACGCGGUAUGCUCUGUCUGGAGGAGUUUAUGGUUGGGAUGUCAAAAGAAAGACAAUAAGUAAAGGAGCUAACUUCCUAGCACAAAUGGAAAUGAUGUUCCGGGCUAGCAAGAAGGGCUACAAAAUAGGUGAGGUUCCGAUCUCAUUUGUGGAUCGUUGUUUCGGUGAAUCCAAGCUAGGAAGCCAGGAGAUUAUCGGCUACGUAAAAGGUCUUUUGUAUCUGUUUUUCUUUGUCAAUUAA